AUGGUGCAACCAGUGGUGGAAACUAGAUCUGUCUCACAGCGUCUGGAUCAUCAUGAUAAGCAAAUAGCAAGGAUUCACGAAGACAUACAGGAAAUCAGGACAUCUAUGGCCUCAAUCAGAACCGCCAUGGCCUCAGAACGGGCAGAAGAGGUUGCGUUUCGUGAAGUACUGCUUGAUUGGAUGAAGCAACAGGAUCCAGAGUUUUUCUCAGAUAUUAGCAUUGUUUCCGAUCCGACUGGGACAUUACCAAAGUCGGUGGUUGAUGAUGCUUCUAGGGAUUCGUCUGGCAUAGUUAGCGGUUUCCAGUCUCAUCCUACUUCCCGUGUCGUUCAGGUCGCAUCGUUGGGUUUGCCUUCGGUGACAUCUCCAAUGAUUUUGGAUGAAAUAGAUCGUGAAAGCAACGAAAUAUCACCACCUGAUGGAGAUGAAGUAUUCUUGGGGGUUUAUGAGUCAGAAUGGGAAUCCAAAACAAACCCUCGGACUCUACCGCCAAACCUAACGUCGUGCCUACCAUCACUACUGCCACUAACGACCAUUGAAGAAGAAAAAUAUGGAAAGCCAAUGGGCUUAAUCCCGAAUCAAGGCGGAAUGAAAGAGAAGUUUACAAACUAA